CAGCUCGGUGAAUUUUCGUAGUUCGCUAUAAAUUGUCAGUUCUGGAAGUUACAUAAAGAGCAUCAGUGCGCGCGGGAACCCGGUUGAAUCGGUCAUGUUUUCUGCGGUUUCCAAAUACACUAACUUUUCGUAACAUUGUUUGAUGUAUAAUAGUUAUAAAUUUAAUUUAUAACGUAUGUGAAGGUUUAGUGUGCUUACAAUUAUUUUUAAUCUACAUUUCUGUUUACUAAAAAAAUAAAUUAAAAAAGUAUUGUGAAAACUUUUUUCAAAAAUGGAUGCCAAAUUAUUUUUGCGUGGAAAUGAGACUUAUGACGAUUUUUAUAAUCGAUGUAACAAUUUAUCGCAUUUCGACUGCAGUGAGGAGGAGAUGUUAUGGUGGUUGAUGGGAUCCAGACGUUUACCAUUGAAGGAAAUAGUGCCAAUAAGUAUUGUAUUGGUGGUUAUAUUCCUGACUGGUGUUAUUGGCAAUGCGUGUGUGUGUGUGGUGAUUGUGAGACAUCCUGGUUUGCACACUGCGACCAACUAUUAUCUCUUUAGUCUGGCUGUUAGCGACUUAUUGCUGCUGUUAUUUGGGCUCCCGAACGACCUCACAGUUUAUUGGCACCAAUAUCCAUAUAGCUUGGGUAUCGUAUUCUGCAAGCUGAGGGCACUUAUAUCUGAAGCAGCAACAUACGUGUCAGUGCUGACAAUAUCUGCGUUUUCGUUGGAGAGAUACCUGGCUAUAUGUCACCCUCUCCAUCUUUACACCAUGGCUGGUCUGACCAGAGCUUCAAGGAUCAUUCUGGUGCUAUGGAUUAUAUCCAUAGUUUGCGCGUCACCCUUUGCUGUCUACAGUGAGAUCAGCUACAGGGAUUAUCCGCCAAAUUCCGGCAACAUUUCCCUGGAAUCAGCAUUCUGCGCGUUGAUGGCACCGUCUCCUCUUCUAGAACUCAGCAGUAUAUUCUUCUUCUUCGUCCCUGCGAUUCUCAUUCUCUGCUUAUACGCGAGAAUGGGGUAUCAUAUAAGGUACACCUUAUCGACACGCGUCAUGGAAAAAACGAAGAUAGGCUUGCUAAAUGGACACGUGCACGGCGAGACACGACAGGCGAAAUCCAGAAAGGCAAUCAUACGAAUGCUUGCUGCUGUCGUGAUAGCAUUCUUCGUAUGCUGGGUUCCGUUCCACGUACAACGUUUGUUUUUCAUCUACGGGUACGAUCUGCCGCAGUUCCACGUGAUAAAUGAGCAUCUCUUCAACGUGGCUGGUGCUCUGUACUACGUGUCGGCUACCGUCAACCCGAUACUAUAUAAUGUUAUGAGUGGCAGAUACCGCAUCGCGUUCCAAGAGACUCUUCUGUGCAGGAAAGUCCGAGGACGUCGAGACUCCCGCAUUAUUAAUCUGGAUCACACCAUUUGUAGAGAGGUGACAACACUACCCAGCGUCAACUCGACUAACAUGAAACGAGAAUCGAGAAUUUCAUUCAUCAGUAAAGUCGAUUACGUAAAAGACCCAACACCCUACUGUAUUAGCGAAGAUAGGGAUUGUGAAGAACCAGUCUUUAAAAGUUAUUCAAAAACUUGAGCAGGUAAUUGUAGAUUUUUCGGCGCCAGGGUUUUCAAUCAAUCUGUAUAGAAUUAAUAAUGUUGUAAAUAGAAAAAAUAUAAAAUAAUUAAACAUAAUUUCUGAAGAUCGUUUUGUAAUU